CUGGGACAAUAGUGAGUGGUGCACACUUCCUUCGCCCGGCCACAGAAGACAAAAAAGAGUUGCUGGUGUAACAAUAGGAAGAAUAUAUUCCACUCCUCUCUUGUACACGCGGCUUAUGAGAUGAACGCUCGUCAAGAAGAACGUCCCCUUCAGCAGCAGGAGGAUCCACAGCCCCCCCACAUUAAAGAGGAAGAGGAGGAAGUGUGGAUGAGUCAGGGGGGAGAGUGUCCUGUAGGGCAGGAGGAGGCUGAUGUCAGCAAGUUUCCACUGACUGUUGUCUCUGUGAAGACUGAAGAGCAUGAAGACAAACCACCUGAGUCCUCACAGCUUCAUCACAGUCCAAACGUCUGUGAAGAACAUCUUCUCCCUGAGCAACAGAAGUGGAGCUUCAGGAUGGAGCCACAGCCCUCCCACAUUAAAAAGGAAAAGAAACACCCACUGAUCCCCCAUUUUAAAGCGGAAGAGGAUGACCCACUGACCACUCACAUCAAAGAGGAAGAGGAGGACUCAUUGACCCCCAAUUUUAAAAAGGAAGAGGAGAAGCCACUAAUAACCCAUUUUAAAGAGGAAGAGGGGGACCCACUGACACCCCAUUUUAAAAAGGAAGCGGUGGAUCCACUGAGCCCUCACAUUAAAGAGGAAGAGCCACUGAUCCCUCACAUUAAAGAGGAAGAGGAGGAAGAGGGCAUCAGUCAGCCUAAAUGGUUGGAGGAGUUCCCAGUGACUGGUGUCCCUGUGAAGAGUGAAGAUGAUGAGGUGAAAGGUGAAAGUGAGGAGAGGGGAGGGGGGGAGCCUCCAAGCAGCAGCUCAACACAACACAUGACAACAGAAGCUGAUGGAGACCACUGUGGAGGAUCACAAGCAGACAAGCUCUUAGCUCCACUAUCAGAUAGUGAGGACACAACGUCACACUCUCCUGACACUGAUGAUGAAGACUCUAAAGAUGAUAAGACAUGUCACACUGACAACACUCGCUUCACAUGUUCUCACUGUCACAAAACUUUUAAAUAUCCUAGUAAAUUGAAAAGACACAUGAGAACACACACUGGAGAAAAACCUUUUUCAUGUUCAAACUGCGGUAAACAUUUUACUCAGAGGCCAGAUUUAAAAGUACACAUGAGAACACACACUGGAGAAAAACCUUUUUCAUGUUCUAUCUGUGGUAAAGAUUUUACUCAGAGGCCACAUUUGAAAGUACACAUGACAACACACACUGGAAAAAAACCUUUUUCAUGUUCUAUCUGUGGUAAAGAUUUUACUCAGAGGCCACAUUUGAAAGUACACAUGAGAACACACACUGGAGAAAAACCUUUUUCAUGUUCAAUCUGCGGUAAAGAUUUUACUCGAAGGGAAAAUUUCAAAAAACACAUGAGAAUACACACUGGAGAAAAACCUUUGCGCAACGGCACUAUUUGAAAGAACACGUGAGAACACACACUGGAGAAAAACCUUUUACAUGUUCAGUAUGUUGUAAAAGUUUUUUACAAAGUCAGCAUUUGAAAAGACACAUGAGAAGACACCCAGGAGAGAAAGUGUUGAGUUGCAGUGUGUGUGGUGAAAGAUUGUCUUCUAAGUACCAGUGUAAGAAACACAAGUGUGCUGGUGAGAACAGCAGCAGCAAAUGAAACUGCAGGAUUUGAAAUAAACUGUCAAGACUUUAACUUUGACCUUCUAAAAACAUCAGCACAUAGUUUCUAAGAUUUAUAGAUGAGAUAUUUUAGAUUAUUACCUUUUUUCAGUCAAGUACUACACAUGACAAGUGUUUUUUAAAGUUGUUCAUGAUUUAUCCCCCUUUUUUAGAAUUCCUCAAACAUUAUCAAUUUCAGAAAACAUGGGAAUGUUUGGAAUGUUUGGGAAAAGUUAAUUAUGUACAUCAUCCCACAGAGCUUUACUGUACAUCCAUCCAUUUGUUCUACCACUUGUCUCUUUCAUUUUAUAUGUAUAGCAUUUAAUCACAUACUUGUCCGCCAAAGGGUGUUGCGUUUUGGAGGAACUCCUUCUGUCAGAGUGCUGGUCACACUUCUUUUACUGCGGAAAUCUACUCACAAAAACAAUCCAAACAGUAGGAAACAAAAAACGAUGGUGCGAAAAAGACAAGACUAAAUGUGCAUUUUGGAAAAAAUAACAAAAGCUACUUCUAUACACAAAUAAACUCAACUUGGUUUGGAGUUACAAGACGUGCACACUACAAAACAACACCAAGAUGGAUGGCACUGGGAAUGGCCAAGGUAGCAAAAUACUCAAAGCAUGUAAUCAACUGGCGUGUAAUGGAAUCGCCGAGUGCCAUCCAGCUGUCAAGGUGCUGCUUAAGUAGCACCAGGGUCAAUUGGAAGCAGCUGUGCACGUCCCACAACUCCGCCCACAAAGGCAACACAGGAACUCUAGGAGGAAGGAGAAUUGUAAGAACAAGGUCAACUGCACCAAAAGACGAAAACUGACUGUUGGAGCCAAAUUUCCUUAUUUGCUUAUAUUGUUUUUAUUUUGUUUUCUCUGAUUGAUAGCUGGCUUCAGUUCAUGCUGAAUUUCCCUUUCUGCAGAUUGCUCCGCCCACUUCCUGUUGAGAACCAGGAAGUGUCGACAGGGAUGGGACUGUUGCUAUGGUGCGGUUGCCAUGGUAGCCUCCUUUAAUUGUGUUCAGCUGGGAACACUGGGGGGUGAUUGCAUGGAGGACAAACCGUUUUGGAGCGUGUGGUGUGGUGUGUGGUCAGGUCUCACUGCUGUGAAA